GAUUGAGAUUGACGGGACGGAGGCCGCAGGGACGGGACGAGUCUGCGGGUACAAAAGCGGUGGAGAGAAAAGGAAACCAGUGCGAUCCACUACAAAUCUCUCUCGCCGCCCCCUGCGCAAAGUCAAAUCUCACCGGUGGUUGGCAGUCCGCUCCUCUUCGCAGAUUCCGCGCCGUCCAUUUCGAUUCUGAAGGGGCGCGUUGUUGCGGCUGGGAACAUCGUCGCUGGUUUAUAUCUGAAGAAAGUGGAAACCGUACAGUUUAUCAUGUCAGGAGGAUCAUCUGGAUCUUCCCCAUUAUCAGCACACGAUAGUUUUAGUCCUUUGUCAGAUUUCAAGGACCUAGAACUAUCAUCAGAGUCUGGCUGCUUGUCCAUUGUUGUAUUAGGUGCUUCUGGAGACCUUGCUAAGAAGAAAACUUUCCCAGCACUCUUUCACCUUUUUCAGCAGGGAUUUCUGCAAUCUGGAGAGGUCCAUAUAUUUGGGUAUGCAAGAUCAAAUCUUUCUGAUGAUGGAUUAAGAGAACGCAUUCGUGGAUACCUCAAAGGAGCUUCAAAUGAACAUCUUUCACAAUUUUUGCAGUUAAUUAAAUAUGUUAGUGGUUCCUAUGAUAGUGGGGAAGGAUUUGAAUUAUUAAAUAAGGCAAUCUCAGAGUAUGAAACAUCAACGACCAACGAAUCAGGAAGCUCCCGCAGACUAUUUUAUUUGGCAUUGCCUCCGUCAGUCUACCCGUCAGUAUCCAAAAUGAUAGGAUUGUAUUGCAUGAAUCCAUCUUCACGUACUGGUUGGACAAGGGUUAUUGUUGAAAAGCCCUUUGGAAAGGAUUUGGACUCUGCAGAGGAACUGAGUGCCCAACUUGGAGAGCUGUUUGAAGAAGACCAACUAUAUAGAAUCGACCACUAUUUAGGAAAAGAGUUGGUCCAAAACUUGCUUGUGCUUCGCUUUGCAAACCGCCUCUUUCUGCCUCUCUGGAAUCGUGAUAAUAUUGAUAACGUACAAAUCGUAUUUAGGGAGGACUUUGGGACUGAAGGACGUGGAGGAUAUUUUGAUCAAUAUGGUAUCAUUCGUGAUAUCAUUCAGAAUCAUUUGUUGCAGGUCUUCUGUUUGGUCGCAAUGGAAAAACCUGUUUCUCUUAAGCCUGAGCACAUAAGAGAUGAAAAAGUCAAGGUUCUGCAAUCAGUGAACCCUAUAAAAUAUGACGAGGUAGUCAUUGGACAAUAUGAUGGCUACAAGGAUGAUCCUACUGUGCCAGAUGACUCCAACACCCCAACUUUUGCAUCUGUUGUACUGAGGGUGCACAAUGAAAGAUGGGACGGAGUUCCUUUCAUUCUCAAGGCUGGUAAGGCACUAAGCUCUAGGAAAGCAGAGAUACGUGUGCAGUUCAAGGAUGCUCCUGGUGACAUUUUUAGAUGCAAGAAACAAGGAAGGAAUGAGUUUGUUAUACGCCUGCAGCCAUCAGAGGCUAUGUAUAUGAAAUUAACUGUCAAGAAACCUGGGCUAGAAAUGGCCACUGAACAAAGCGAACUGGAUUUAUCUUACAGGCUACGGUACCAAGAUGUAAAAAUCCCAGAAGCCUAUGAGCGUCUCAUCUUGGACACGAUAAGAGGAGACCAGCAGCACUUCGUUCGCCGCGACGAGCUGAAGGCUGCUUGGGAGAUCUUCACUCCUUUGCUGCACGACAUUGAUGCUGGCAAGCUGAAGUCCAUUCCAUACAAACCGGGGACCCGAGGACCUCCGGAAGCCGAUGAAAUGAGCACGAGGCUGGGGUAUGUGCGGACUCAUGGUUACAUAUGGAUACCACCUACCCUCGCAAGAUUUUAGCUGCGAUCGAGUGCGGUUUACCACCAGAGGAGGCUGUUCUGGUUCGCCAACAACAAGAAGCGUUUGGGGUAAAAGAAACGAAAUGAUUUGGGGCUUUCUAACAUGCGGGUCCUGUAAUAAUAAACUUCUGCUCGUCGAAGGAGCGUACCAUCUACGAUUAUCCUUCUAAAUUGCCUGAGUGUCAGGCUCUUUUAGAUUUUAUAAUGUUAUUCAACUUUUUUAUUUAGCAGCUGCAAAUAAUUGCUCCUUUUAUUAUGACAAUAGCUUGCCCGCUC